GGCGGGAGGCACGGCGUACAGGCGAGAUAGAAGAGCUACGCUGUGGAGAAUCAGCGCCAUCGUUGAAGGGAAGGAAGGGGGACAGAAAGCGAGCCAGAGCCAGAGAGAGAGAGAGAGAGAGCCCUAAGGGAGAAAGAAGCGGAAGAAAAAUAGAUUGAGGGAGGCCAUAAAUUCCAGGAAGAGUUGGUGGAUGAUGAAGGAAGACAGGGAGUCAGAUGACAUGAAAAAAAUUUGGGGAUGAGCAGGACGAACGAAAGAUCUGACUGUUGAUUGCGCUUCUGCCUGCGUUCUGUUCGAGUUCAAUCAGCGUCGUCAUUUGUGCUGAGGUCGCGAGGAUGAUGCGGCUGUAAUAAUUGGCAGAGGGGAAGAGGAAGGAACGGGAAGGAGAGGGGAGGAAGGAAGGGAAGGAAAUGAGAGCUGCUGUUGAUUCUCGCUGCGGUCUUUGCUGAGAGAAGGAAGCUGAGACGGGCGUGUGGGAGAAGGAAUGGGGAUUUUUGUUUAGUCGAGGAAAGGAAGAGCAGCAUUUUAUUAUAGAAUAAUUUUUUGAUUCGGGGUCCCUGUGGUGGCUUUUGGACUCCAUGUCCUAGGCUGGAAGCUGUCGAGGGGAGGAUCCUUGUGCGUAUUCAUCCAAGCAGAGUGUCCGCCUGCCUUCCUAUAUCCAUCCGUCCCAUGGAUCUGGGGCUUCUUGGUUAACUGCAUAUAGUGGCAGACUAUCACUGUUGUACUCAUAUCUCGCUGGCCUGCUUGCCCUCUCCUGUACUGCUCUCCACUACCUGCUCGGCCUUUUUCUGCUCUUGUUAGCUUCCCUGUGCCUGCUCUCUGUACGUUCACCUGUGACGCAAUUGCUCGGUUUUGUCUCCUUGCGACUUCCUGUUGGUCUGGUCCCUUCGCUUCUGAGUGUCUCUGAGUCUCUUUUAUGCUCAUUGGUUGAUCCUUUCGUCCAAAAAUCAUCGCCCUUUGUGUACCGAGACUUCCGCUCGUGGUUUGUUGUGGGAAUCUUUGUAACUCUCAUGCGUUAUGAGGCAUUUGUAGCUUCCACCGGUCCCCCUGUCGCGCUUCACUUGUGUCCUUUAGGUUAUCGUACUUUCUCCGAGGGUAGCUCCAUUUUUUUUAUCUUGAGUUUGAUUCUCAGGCCUCUCGUCGCCCUUAAGCUGGCGUUCCACAUCCGAUGUUGUACUGAAGUGUUUGUGGUUACCUCAUUCACACGCCCUAUCUUUCGUCAUUGCUUUUGACCAGAUUUGAGACCAUUGUCUGCCUGGGGAACUCCUUUUAAAAUCACUUGAUUCUCAGUGAACGAUAUUGCCUCAUUGCGCUUAUCUUUCCAAAUCUACGCCGCUUGGAACUCUAGUCCCCACAGCAAUGCGGAGCGGAAAUUGACAAGAAUUUCUUGGUAAGCCGAUUGAAUCCAAGGUGGAGCCGCUGACGCAUUGGAAAUGAUCGAGAGAUGCUAAUCGAGCCGGACAAGGCUUCGAGAUUUCGUUUGUGCAUUUUGGGGGAGCAGUCUGUGAUGAUCCACAGAGCAGGGUAAUGAUUUAGUGUUGGCAGCAGUCGGAUAUGCAUCGCGUGGGCAGUACUGGAAACGCUGCAAAUAAUACUCGCCCACGCAAGGAGAAACGCUUCACUUAUGUGUUGCGUGAUUCCAAUGACUACAAGCAUUGUUCAGGCAUAAAUUGUGUCAAGGUCGGAAGCCCUUCAGAGGGCGAUGGAAAGGAUUUUCUCGUCACGGGUAGUAGAGAUGGAACGCUGAAGCGAUGGGACCUUGGCGAGGAUGCCGCAGUAUGCCGGGCUACGUUCGAGUCGCAUGUAGAUUGGGUGAAUGAUGUGGUUCUGACUGGAGACGACACGUUGGUAUCAUGCUCAUCAGAUACAACCCUUAAGACAUGGCGCGCCUUUUCAAAUCGAGAAUGUACUCGGACAUUCAGGCACCACUCGGACUAUGUAACCGCACUUGCUUCAGCCCGGCACAGCAAUAUCGUGGCUUCUGGUGGCCUAGGCUGCGAAGUUUUCAUAUGGGACCUGGAAGCAGCUAUGAUACCAAUCGCCAAGGUUGCCCACGAAGGCACAGAGGAGGGGACAAUAGAUGGGAGUUUCACUUCAAGUGUUGCUUCAACCGGUGAUCGCGCAACAAAUGCAAAAAGUGAUGCUUCAGUUCCUCAUGUGACCCCUCCUCAAGGUUACUCGCCAAUUCCUGCCAAGGGCCACAAGGAGUCCAUCUACGCUUUGUCCAUGAAUGAUGCUGGCACAACUCUUGUUUCGGGUGGUACAGAAAAGGCUGUAAGGGUUUGGGACCCAAGAACGGGAACCAAACAAAUGAAGUUGAAGGGACACACGGACAACGUGCGAGCUUUGCUUUUGGACCCCACUGGCAGAUAUUGUCUAUCCGGAUCUUCAGACUCUAUGAUACGCCUUUGGGAUCUCGGUCAACAACGUUGUGUUCACUCUUAUGCUGUACACACAGACUCCGUGUGGGCUCUUGCAAGCACUCCGUCGUUUAGCCACGUAUACAGCGGUGGAAGAGAUCUCUCUGUAUAUCUUACAGAUCUACAAACUCGUGAAAGUACUCUCUUGUGUAUGGAACAAGAACCUGUGUUGCAAUUGGCGUUGCAAGGGGAUGAAUGGUUGUGGGUGGCUACAACGGAUUCCUCUCUCAACAAAUGGCCAGCUCGAGAACGAAUUAUUGCUAAAAAACUACAAAGGGCUAGUUCAUUUGUUGCAGGGUCUUUGCCAUUUGCUCGUGUCAGGGCAUGCUUGGAUGGCUCUGCUCCUGUUCCUUUGCAUUCUACACCAGCCUCUGUGAUUCCCGGCACUGCAGGAAUCGUGCGCCAUGCAAUUCUAAAUGAUCGCCGUCGUGUUUUGACGAAGGACGCGGAGGGUGUCUUGAAAUUGUGGGAGAUAACCCGUGGUAGUGUUAUCAAAGAUUUUGGCAAGGUCAACUUCGAAGAUAAAGAAAAGGAAUUAUUUGAGAAGGUUAGUGUUCCAGCUUGGUUUACAAUGGACACAAGACUUGGGAGCAUAUCAGUGCAUUUGGAAACACCACAAUGUUUCUCAGCAGAAAUGUAUGCUGUGGAUUUGCAUGUACCACAUGCCACGGAAGAACAAAAGUUGAAUCUUGGACAAGAGACUCUUCGUGGGCUUCUAGAUCGCUGGCUGUCACGCCGAAGGCAUAGAGCUGCCACGGCGCCACUUGCCAAUGGAGAUGCAUCAAGUGUGGAAUCAGGGACAGGGGGCGAACAUGGAGUGGAGAAAAGAGUAACUGAGGACACUCAUGAUGACGCGGAGAUGCACCAGUCAAAGGUUAUUCCUGCAUUCGAAUUUUCAACAACUUCACCCCCUUCUAUUAUUACAGAAGGAUCACAAGGCGGGCCUUGGCGGAAGAAAGCAACUGAUUUGGAUGGAACUGAAGAUGAGAAAGAAUUGCCAUUAUGGUGCAUUGAUUGUGUGCUCCAUAGUCGUCUUCCUCCACGGGACAAUGCCAAAUGUAGCUUCUUCCUGCUUCCAUGUGAAGGCACUUCUCUACAAGUUCUCACCCAAGGGAAGCUCAGUGCACCUCGAAUUUUGCGGAUACAUAAAGUUGUAAAUUAUGUCUUAGAGAAACUGGUUCUGGACAGGCCUUUAGAUGACAAUGCCUCGGAUUCGACCUCUACAUCUGGACAAGGAAGCAAUCAUCAAUCAGGAAAUACUUACGGAUCAUCUAGACAAAGUUCUAGACCUUGGCAACUCAGUAAACCUGGGGUUGAAAUACUUUGUAAUCAGCAGGUUCUACCACCAGAAAUGAGCUUAGCUACUGUGCGAGCGUAUGUGUGGAAAAAGCCGGAUGAUCUUACUCUUUAUUAUCGGACAGUUCCCAGUCGGUGAUAAUGGGGACCAAAACAGGAUGAUCAGGUUGUUCUUCAUGUGAACAAUUGCAAUGUGAGUGAGCUCACAUAACAUCCAUUGCCAUUCUUAUUAUAGAGAUAAACCAGGUGGGUUGAUCACUUACCCUGUUCAUUGGCAGAAUGUCGGAAGGACAUGUUUUAUGAAUGCUAUAUAAGCCUAUGAAAAAGGACUAUCAAGAGGAGUUCAAUUGGCUGAACAUACCACAGGGUGUAAAGUUUGAAUCAUUUCUUGAGUGAAAUCCCCUUUCAAAUUGAUAGAUAUAAAAGGAAAAAAUGGAUUGGCACCAUCCACCUUGUGAACACCGGAAGGCGCUUGGCAUGCCACACUUUACUGUAUUUUAGUGUGCAGGUUGUUUGCUAGAGUAUAUUGCUCUAGUGUAUAAGCUAGAAAGGCGUAGGUAGUGGUAUGACCAAGUUCAAGUCAGUCAGUUGAGCAAAUGAACAAAAGCACUUUCCGUGAACAAGAUGUGAUGUUUAGUGUCAGGCACGAUGAUUUUAUGUCUGAUGUCCCACCAUGCAAUUUCGAGCGAAACUCCCUAAGUGUUGCU